AUUUACAGUCUCUGGGUUCGUUUUGCUCUGGGCUGUGUGCUUUUGGGAGGCUCUGAGAACAAAACUCCUAUGUGUCCUCCCCCUAGCCAUGCAGUGUCCCCAGGGGAGGGGCUGGGGCAAAGCGAUGGCAUUUGAACAAAUCCCAGCUUGAGGCACAAAGUGAAAGUGCAAGAGUUGCUGGCACGGCUGCGGUGUGUGGCUCGAAAGGAGGAAGGGCCCCAUCCUGCCCCACAGCUGCAGGGUGCAGGGGGAGAGCCCCAUCCCUUCUGCACCGGGUGGUGGUCGCGGGGCUGAACCUGUGGCUGUCCUCCAGCUUUGGUGGGCUGCAGUGUUGGCUUUGCUCACAGGUGGUUGCAGUGCUGCAGAGCUGGUUGAAGGACAGAGGCGGCCUUCAGUAGGGUGACUUUUGUUGUGCUGGUGGCACAUUAGCAGGACACAUGGAUGCACCCUUAGAAAGUAGAACAAGAGAAGAAAACCAGGCUGGGAACAGCAGGGCUUGUUCCACAGGGAUGUGUCUGCAGCAGGGGGAUGGCAGCAGUGUGUCGUGGGUGCUGGGACAGCAGGGAUGCAGCCAUGGGGUCCAAAGGCCGGGAGGGAGUGGAGGCUCAGCCACACGUGGGCUGAAAGGCAACCAUAAAACAGCAUGGGUUUGGCAUGCUCACAGCACCAAGGCUUUUUACCACGGCUGUGCCCAGGACAAAGAGUGCAUCGUGUCAUGGACAGCUUGGAACAGGCAUCUGUUCUCAUGGGGUGUCUCUAUAGGGUGACAAAGGGCUGCUCUCCUUCUCCACCUCCCCAGGCUGCAAAACACCAAAUCUCAGUGCCCAGUGCUGUGAACAGCCACAUUCUCCUUUGGGAUCACAUUCUCCUUUGGGGAUCACAUCCAGCUGUCAGCUCCUACCACCCCAGCCCCAUAGCAGUGAGAUGCAGAGGAACCUGGUCGUAUAGAAACUGGUUGCAGAGGGACUGAGCCAUGCCAUUGGGAUGCCUACAGAACUGCCCACCCCCCACCAGCCCUGAGCCCCCCCAGCUGGAUGCAGCAGCACUGAAAAGUGCCGUUCAUCGCUCUGUGCUGGGCUGCUGGGCCGUGCCAAGAGCGGCGGCUGCUGCCUGGCUCAGAAUAGCUCUUUUCAUGGAGGACAUCCUGGGAAGGAACAAUGUUCUGCUCGCAGCAUUGUGGGAAUGCUGUGUUUGUGUGAGUCGGGAAGUGGGGAGCUGCGGGGCGUUCCCUGGCCCCUCCGGAAAAUCGCCUGUAGGGUGAAUUGAGAACAGCAUCCUAAAAGAGAAGCUGAAAGUGCACAGCUUUUCCUCUGCUCUGGGUACAGCCGUUUCUGUGCGCAAAUCCCAUUUCCACUGCUGACUCGCAGCAAGGGGCCGGGGCCGGUUUCAUUUUCAGAUUGCUGCUGUUGCUCCCAAAACCCUGGGGCCGGAGUGACGCCUUCUGGGUUGGGCAGUAGGGUCGGUGGGAGCACUUUAAUGAGAUCUCCCAGGAGUGCUGGAGGCAGUGCAGCUGCAGGGCCGGAUCCUGGCACAGGCUGGGGCUUGUUGUCACCACCCGCAUCAAAGCGCAGCCGAUUGGUCCCAUCCCAUCCAUCUCAUCCCAUCCAGUCCUGUUGCAUCCUGUUGUGUUCCAUCCUGUCUCAUCCCCCUGUUCUCCAAGAGAUGGCUGCUCCUGGCCCUACACCCCAAAGCAAACCCAAAACAGCCCCGAAGCAGCACGGGCUCUGCACUUUUCCACUGCCUCCAGAUAAGAGCCCUAAAUCCCAAUGAGCAGGGCCGUGCCCAGGGGUGGGUGGGAUUCUCCAUUGGGUGCAAAUGGAUGCAAUGUGCCAUCAUGAUGAUUGCUUUGGCUCGGUGGUGACCUGCAGAAUGCGAUGCCAAAAUCCUUUGGAGUUGGAUUCAGGUGGAACAUCCCUCCUCCUCCGUCCCGUUGCGCUGGGGGCAGAGAUGCCCCAAGCAGACGCCGCAAGCACUGGGGCUGCAUUCCCAUCCUCAUCCCAGCUGGAAAACGCGUGUUGCGAUCUCGGGCUCCUUCCCACCACGUGCCACAGAUGAAUCCCAGCGUCCCCAAAUCCAACCUCUUCCAAAGCUCCAAAUCCAUCCACGUGUACCGCAGCGCUGUCCCCGCAGGCUCUGUGUGUGCCGGCGAUCCCCGGGUGCCAGCGGAAGCGUGAGCGCAGCCAUAGGGUGCUGAGUCACGGGCAGGCUGGUGGUGCUGAUAGACGGCCGUGUGCGGGGCCCGCUGUGGGGCUCAGACGGGCCGUGGGGCCGAUAACAUCUCCCAUCACCCAGAAACUGCACGGCAUGUACUCAGAAGGCCGGCGGGUGAGCAGAGAUAGAGGCUGUCGUUCCCAGCGUUAUCGCCGCCCUGUCUGCAAAGCUGAUCUGCCGCUCUCCAAAUCUCCUUGCUCGCUUCCUUUGUGCUUUUAUUUUUUUAUAUAUUUAUUAUUACUAUUAUUAUUCCCCGCCCCAAAGCAAUGCAAUCACUUUUCCUUCCCUUCUAGCAGCUGUGGGGAGGCAGUGGUGCGUGGUGCGGCAGGAUACGGGCGGGCUGGAGGAUGUUUCCUGCCUGAGCAGAAUGCACGGCCCCGAUAAAUGCCACGUGCGAGCACAAGCGCGGCCGCCUCGCUGGAGCCACGGCAAUGAAUGGGCACGCUCUGCCGGCCGGCACGCCAGCGUAUCCCCGGGGCUGGCAUGAGUUUUGUGAGCUGCACGCCAUCAGCACCGCCAAGGAGCUGGCGCGACACUACCUGCGCUUCGCCACCGAGCACCCGCACCAUGACCUGCUGGCUGCCGAGAACUUCUCGCUGCGCUUCGCCGACCUUUUCCAGCAAUAUUUCUGCAAUGAGGUGAAGGAGGGCUUUGCCAUGAGCCAGCUCCGCAUCCUGCCUGCCGGCCCGGCGCGGGAUUACCGGGACACUCAGCGCCAGCAUGCAAACCCUUCCCUGGGCACGGCGGCUUCCAAAGGCGAAGCAGAGCUGCCCACUCGCCCUGAGCCCCCAGCUGAGCCCCCCACGGGGCUGCGCAAAUCAUGGAGCUCGGAGGAGCUGACGGGGCCGGCACGGAGACCCUUCUCACUCAGCCAGCUCCGCCGCAGCUGGCGCAGCCUCUUCCGCCGCCGCUCUUCGGAUGCUCUCCCUACGGAGGCCGAAGGUGAAGUAGCAGAGGCUGCGCUCAAAUCGGGACUGAGCAAACGCAUCCUGCCCUGGGGGCUGUCCCGGGAGCAGCCUCCCGAGGUGCGCAAGGAGGGGACGCUGCGGUAUGGGCUGCUGGAUGAGACAUCACUGGACAGUGGGACGCGCUGGCAGCGCUGCCGCCUGGUGCUGCGCAGGGCAGGGAUGCCCGAUGGUGAGGAGUAUGUGCUAGAGCUCUUUGAUCCACCCAAGGGCUCCAAGCCAAAGCUGCGCGCUGCCUGCUCGGCCAUCCAGGAGGUGCGGAGGUGCACACGCCUCGAGAUGCCUGACAACCUGCACACCUUUGUCCUCAAGGUCACCAAUGCUACUGAUGUGCUGUUUGAGGCGGGGGAUGAGCAGCAACUCAGCUCCUGGAUGGCCGAGAUCCGGCAGUGUGCAUGCAGGGGGUUGGAUGUGGGUGACCCUGAGUUCCUGUCAGGCCGGCACCCCGAUCCCACAACCACCAGCCCUGCCACCAGCUCUGACUCCACAAACCAAGGGGCAAUGCCAGGGGGGCCGUCGGAGGCAGUGGGACCGAAGAUGGAGCAAUUCCUGUCAUCCUGCCCCUGGUUCCAUGGGCCCAUCUCCCGCGUGAAGGCAGCGCAGCUGGUGCAGCUGGGGGGGCUGGAGGGCCACGGUGUCUUCCUGGUGCGGCAGAGCGAGACGCGCCGCGGCGAGUAUGUGCUCACCUUCAACUUCCAGGGCAGAGCGAAGCACCUGCGGCUGUCGCUGACAGAGCGGGGCCAGUGCCGUGUCCAGCACCUGCGUUUCUCCUCCAUCACAGAGAUGCUGCACCACUUCCACCGGUAUCCCAUCCCACUGGAGUGUGGGGCCACCUGUGAUGUCCGGCUCUCCAGCUACGUUGUUGUCCUCCCCCAGCCACCAGCUCCUGGCUCCAGCCCUGCGCUCCCUGUCCCGCUGCCCUUCUGGAGCCCGGAAUUCAGCCUGACCCCCUCCGAGUCCCCUCCAGAGCCCAUCUUCCACCUGGUGCCACCGGUGGCUGAGUUGGCGCAGGGCUCACAUCCCAACGGGGCACCCCAUGGCGCACGGCCCCGCGAUUCGGACUACGAAGUGGAAGCCCCGGGCCGGGGCCGUGUGCGUGCUGUGGACAACCAAUACACACCACUGUGAUGGGCACAGGGAUGCACUUUUGGUGGAGAAGUCCCGGAGAUCCCUCCGGGUGGCACAGAGGAAAAAGAAUGUAUUUCCUUCCUUCUGGUUAGGGAUUGUUAUUUUUUAAUUUUCCAAGGAAGGGGGUCAUUGUUCACUCCAGUAUGGGUGUGCUCCCUCUCCUGGGCCUGUUAAAGGGCCACUUAAAAAAAAAUUUUUUUUUUUGUUAUUA